AUUGGAGGUUCUCCAAAUAUUUUGCGACCUGAGGAUCCAGCUCAAGUGAGGUGCCAUAGGACGUGUUCCUGAGUUUGCACUGCAUGGAGACCUUCCUGGAAUCUUUCAGUUGCAAGUCAGCUUCACAACAAAUUUUGCCUUGAGUCCUAGGCUGCUUGCAGUCUGAAUUUGGACUACUUAGGUCGUGUGCUCAAAGUUGAAACUGCACACAGCACAACUCAAGUUUGCAUCAGACUGGGAAGCGAACUUAAGCCAGUGGUGCGUGGCCCAGGAGUGGGAAAGGAAAUGGAUGCCUGAAGUGGAAGAGGUGGUGCAAAGUGGGCACCACCCAUGCUGCCCUGCUUCCAACUGCUGCGCAUAGGGGGCGGCAGAGGCGGAGAUCUCUACACCUUUCACCCCCCGGCCGGGGCUGGCUGCACCUACCGCUUGGGCCACAGGGCCGACUUGUGUGAUGUGGCUCUGCGGCCCCAGCAGGAGCCUGGCCUCAUCUCCGGGAUCCACGCCGAACUGCAUGCCGAACCCCGGGGUGAUGACUGGAGGGUCAGCCUGGAAGACCACAGCAGCCAAGGGACUUUGGUCAAUAAUGUCCGAAUCCCAAGAGGUCACAGGCUGGAAUUGAGUGAUGGAGACCUCCUGACCUUUGGCCCUGAAGGGCCCCCAGGGACCAGCCCCUCGGAGUUCUACUUCAUGUUCCAGCAAGUUCGAGUCAAACCUCAGGAGUUUGCUGCCAUUACCAUCCCACGGUCUAGGGGAGAAGUCCAGGCUGGGGCUGGGGCUUGCUUCCGCCCCAUGCUGCCCUCCCUUGGGGCUCCACAGCGGCCUCUUAGCACCUUCUCCUCUACCCCCAAGGCCACACUCAUCCUGAACUCCAUUGGCAGCCUCAGCAAGCUCCGGUCCCAGCCCCUCACCUUCUCCCCUAGUGGGGGUAGACCAAAGAGCUUGCCUGUUCCCACCCCACCUGGGGAAGUGGGUAUCACCCCUUCUGCUCCACCCCCACGCAAUCGGAGGAAAUCUGCUCACCAAGUGUUAGCAGAACUGGAUGAGAGUGAGCCUCCUGAGAGCCCACCACCAGUCCUUAUGGAGCCCAGGAAGAAACUCCGUGUAGACAAAGCCCCUCUGACUCCCACUGGAAAUCGACGUGGCCAUCCUCGUCCUCGGAAGUACCCAGCGAGAGACCCCAUGGCUCCCCCUGCAGUUGGGGGUGGGGAGCCCUGUGCAGCUCCUUGUUGCUGCCUGCCCCAGGAAGAGACAGUGGCCUGGGUUCAGUGUGAUGGCUGUGACCUCUGGUUCCAUGUGGCUUGUGUUGGCUGUAGCAUCCAGGCUGCCAGGGAGGCUGACUUCCGAUGCCCAGGGUGCCGUGCUGGCAUCCACACCUAAGGUCAACCACGAAGGUACCCUCGGACACAGCUGCCCAUCAUUAGACAGCAGUGAGCAAAUGGGUCUGAUAAAUGCUCCCUUCCCUUUCCAGGAGGGAAUGACUGCAGGGAAGAAGGGUGGAUUGAUGUGGACUCAUUCAGGGCCUGGAGCAGAGCCUGGUGGCCAAGGUGACAGAAGAAAUGGCUUCUUGCCAAAGAUAUUGCCACCUCCAGGAAAUUGCCAGUGAGCUGGAAGUUCCCACUGUUACAAGGCCAUGUUGCCACGGACACCAAAAUAUCUGUAGUCAGAGCACUGAUCAGUUGCAAAAGCCAUGCCUGCAAAUGAUGGAAAACUAAGGGAGUUUUUAAAAAAUUCUUUCCUGCCGUAAGAGGGAGUUCUUAAGGUUCUUGGUGGCAUCACCUAAGGCAUUCUGGGAAAACCUAGGGCCUGGCCCCAAAACUUCCCUGCUCUGGCUAGUCCUGCCACUGACUAAAUCAUAAGUACUGGGCUUUUCAGAGCUUUGCUUUUAUUUCCAAGUCAAGGACAAGCAGCUUCAUUCACUCCUGGGUAUUUACUCUUCUUGUGGGUCUGUGGUAUUCCUUGCUUUUCAGGGAGAAUGCACUUGGCAAGGUCUGGAGAACUAAUUCAGAAUCUUAGGGGAAGGGGCGUAGAGAAGAAUGGAGAAAUACAAACCUACUUACUGGAAAGGUGCAAAUAUAUGGGUUGAGCUGGAGGUAGGAAUACAGGUAAUUUCCUAGUUUAAGGGAGAACAGAUUUACUGCCAUUUAACUAAGGUAGCUGGGAUCUGGUCAAGUUCACAAAGAUAGCAUAAGUUUUACAGGCUUCACCUAUACCAUCAGGGCAAGAGAAAGCCUGGUAAACCAGCUAUAGCAGUUUACCAGCAUGAUGGUUGUGACACAGCUCCACUCCAUAGUGGACACAGCAGAGGGCAAGAGGGCUGGCCUGGUCCAGUGUGAAUCCAACUGCUUACCCCACAUGUGGUACAUGUGAUUUUCCUUUGUGAGCCUUACACCAAGCCAAGCUAUUGUCAAAGCAUCAUUUGUAAAGAAAUAAAGCCUUAU